AUGACGAGGAAUGAGACGGUCGGCCGUCAUGCUUCGGUGGAGAGCUCGUGGAGUUCGCGCUCCGGCGACACAAUACGGCCCUAUGGACGCGCGGGUUCGCUGAGGGGCACCCCCGUGACGGUCAAGACGGACAAAACACUCAAUUCCAACGCUGAGAAGGAAAGCGAGAUAUCCCCCGGCACCGUCCCUCCAGCCCCGCCGCCCAAAGACCCCUCGCAUCGCCCAUGGAAGUCUUCCCAUAGGGACGGCGCGGCCAUGAGCCCUUUCGGAGAACAUCGGAAACAGCUGGCUGUGUUGGAGACCUCUGGGGGAAGGGUGCCCGCCAUAUCGCGAAACCCUCCCACGGCUACGAGCGCCACUUCCCAAGCCACACCUUGGUCCUCUGCCUCCAACGGCAACAGCAUGGCCAACGGUGUCUGGAGCAGCUUCUUCAAUGAUUCAAAUGAAGACGUUUCGCAGUCCUCGCCCGGCUUCCGCCCAGGCACCGGCAGUCGCGAGGACAGCAUGGGCUUUCCCUUCAAAGACGACCGACGGCCCUCCGUAGCCAGCGCCACCACUGUUAGUAGCACCGGAUCCAAGUCGAGCAUUGGCCGAGGAUUCCACAAAAGACUUCAGAAUGUGUUUGGCGAGGACUUUCCUGCUGAUGGCCGCCAGAACUCGGAUACCAGUUUGAACAUGCCAUCAUAUGCACCCGACACGCAAUCCAUCCGUGGACAGCGCAAUCGCGGCAACUCCCUCAACAACACCAUCGGCAGUGGCCACCAUUCCCGACCCACAUCGCCUACCAGUUCGCGCCCGCGCACCCCGCAAGCGUCCUCGGAAGUCACCCCGUGGGAGUUUCAAGACCCAAAGGACAUGGGUGCUUUGCCUGAGAGCGGGGGGCGUCGGUCAUCUGAACAGCAUUCAGCAAAGUCUGGACGAUCACAUCACAAACUCCACGUAAGGUUACCAGGAACCACCAGUCAUCGGCACAAAGGCAGCAAGGAGGAGAACAAGUUCCCGGACGGACGAGCUGACAAUAGCCAGUCUUAUGCUCUGCGACCCACCACCAGCCGCGAGGAGGCAAGUGCUCGUAUAAACCAGCCAUCAGCCCUCAGCUCAGCCUUUGCUUCCAAGUCGAGUCUCCUGGGCCGUCCAUCAAGCCCUACCCCAAGCUCAUACUCAGACAUGACUCGGGACGAUAGGAUGGCACAACGAUCGCCCAGUGCCAGCAAGCCAGCCCAUGGAUUCUUUGCACGAUUACGGGGCAAGGACAAAUCAGAUCGCAACGUCCAGUCAGAAAGUCUUAAGAACCUCACGUCUUCUGGAACUGCCUCAGCCACCUCCCUGAACCCGUCCAUUGCCCCCGCUCGACUUACCAGACCAGAACUUCCUCCACAGGCGAACAUGGCCAAGCGUCCAGCUACCAGCGGCGUCGCUGAUGACAAGUCGCUGAAGGAGCAGAGGGGUAGGGCCCCUCACCACCGGUUGCCUACUUUUAGGAAGGAGAAGCGCGCGCCCAUGAUUGAACCAACCGGCCGAGACCCCAACGAGAACAUAGCUAGCACAACAGGCAAUGAUGCCGUCUUCUUCUUAGACCAGAAUCUCAACGAUAUGGAGGGUAUUGUCAACCUACAGCAGCAACCGCCCAUGACACCGCCUGUUGGAGAAUUACAAAAACAGCCUACCCUUCGUGAAGACAUUGCGAUCCCGCCCGAGGAUGACGGUACAGCGGCUUGGGACGCACCCGAUUCCUGGGCUGUGAAGCGUACAAAGGACGAGGUUGAGAAACCGGCCGAUGUCGAGGACAUUCCCACGCCUUCAAAAGAAGAGCACGACAACAAGACGUACUGUUUGCGCAUUUUCAGAGUUGAUUCAACCUUUGCAACGCUGUCGGCUACCCUCAACACUACUGUGCAAGAGAUUAUUCAAAUACUAGGGAAAAAGACAGUAUUGCAAGACGAACUGGACAACUACCACAUCGUGAUGCGUAAGCACGACACUUCGCGACAGCUAGACAGUAGUGAACGCCCGCUGCUCAUACAGAAGCGGCUCUUGGAGCUAGCCGGAUACACGGACAAGGAUCGUCUAGAAGAUGUUGGCCGAGAGGACAAUAGUUAUCUCUGCAGAUUCACUUUCCUCCCUGCCAAGAUGAGCGGAUACUCGAGUCUGGAACGGGACCCCGGCUUCAGCAAGAUGCAAAAAUUCACCCACGUUGACCUCCAAGGCCGCAAUUUGAUUACCAUUCCUAUCACCUUGUACCAGAAGGCGACCGAGAUAAUAUCACUCAAUCUUUCCCGUAACCUAUCAUUAGAUGUCCCCAGAGACUUUAUCCUUGCUUGCACCAACCUGAGAGAGAUCAAGUACACCAGCAACGAUGCCAGACGACUACCUCCUAGUCUUAGCCUCGCUAGUCGCUUGACUAUGUUGGAUAUCUCGAACAAUCGGCUGCAAUCACUCGACCGAGCUGAACUGUACAAGCUACAAAGCUUGCAAGGUCUCCGACUCUCCAACAAUUGGCUAACGCGACUACCGCCCUACUUUGGACAAUACCGUGCACUUCGCAGUUUGAACCUGAGCUCCAACUCGUUGAACGAAUUCCCCGACUUUCUGUGUGAAGUGCGCACACUCGUCGACCUCGACAUCAGCUUCAACUCAAUCUCCAGCCUGCCCAAGAUAGGCCAAUUGACCUGUCUGGAGAGACUCUGGGCGACAAAUAACAAGCUGACCGGUAGUUUUCCACCAGGACUCAGUAAUCUGGUCAACCUUCGAGAAAUCGACCUGCGAUUCAACGCGCUUGACAGCAUGGAUGUCAUGUCCCAACUGCCGCGGUUGGAAUACCUCAUGAUAGGGCACAACUCAAUCUCGGCCUUCGAGGGCUACUUCCCCAAGAUUCGAGUGCUUCAUAUGAAUCACAACCCCGUGACACGGUUUGGCCUCACACAACCAACGCCGUCCUUAUCCGUACUCAACCUUGCAUCUGCAAAACUGGCUCAGCUACCCGAUGAUCUCUUUUCCAAACUCACAGGUCUCACCAAGCUGAUCCUCGACAAGAAUCACUUCACAUCUAUAUCAAAAAACAUAGGCAAGCUAUACAGACUAGAGCAUUUGAGUAUUGCUCGAAAUUCGCUCGACGUCUUGCCUGCCGAGAUUGGGCGGCUUGUCGAACUUCGGUAUCUGGAUGUGCGCGAGAACAACCUCAGCGUACUUCCUCAGGAGCUUUGGUACGCACGUCGGCUGGAGACACUCAACGUAUCGUCAAAUGUUCUCGAUGCAUUCCCCAAGCCAGGUGCGGCGCCUCCUCAAGUAACCAAUGGCGAGCAGGCCCAAACAGAUGGACCUACAAAUACACAUGCUUUGAAGGCCACUCCAAGUUACGAGGAACUAGGCAAGCUGGAAGAUUUUCAGAAUCGUCGUCCCAGUCAGGCGUCAGGUGGGCUCACUGUUGCUAGUUCACCUGCCCCUUCAAAUCGAACAGGUUCCAUGACUUCUUACAACUCAUCGAGUACAACACGCAAGCCAUCUACAGCCUCUCGUGCGCCAACCGAGGGAACUGUAACUCCCAUGUCCCGCAAAGAUUCUAGUCUAAGCAGUCGCAUGGUGACCACUUUCGCAGGCUCCCUGAGACACGUGUUUCUGGCUGAUAACCGCCUCAAUGACGACGUCUUUGAUGAGCUAUGCCUUCUGCCCGAGCUACGGAUUGUAAACCUGGGCUAUAAUCUCAUUUACGACAUACCGCCGCGUACCAUUCGAAGAUGGCAACAUCUUACCGAGUUGUAUCUAUCUGGCAAUGAUCUCACAUCCUUGCCAGCAGAGGAUCUUGAAGAAGUCGGCUCACUCAAGGUGCUUCAUAUCAAUAACAACAAAUUUCAGGUUCUGCCUGCGGAACUCGGCAAGGUUGCGCAAUUGGCUGUUCUCGAUGUCGCGAGCAAUUCGCUCAAGUACAACGUGUCGAAUUGGCCAUAUGACUGGAAUUGGAACUGGAAUCAUAAGCUUCGGUACCUGAAUUUGUCUGGCAACAAACGCUUGGAGAUCAAGCCCAGUGGAUCGUACAGCGGCAGCGGUUCGAGCAUGCGCGAAGGGCGUGAUCUUACAGAUUUCAGCUCCCUGAUUAAUCUACGGGUGCUUGGUCUCAUGGAUGUAACGAUGAUGGUACCCUCGGUUCCAGAGCAAUCAGAGGACCGAAGAGUUCGUACAGCAGGCUCAGCUGUUGGUACAAUGGCGUAUGGUAUGGCAGAUUCCCUGGGUCGCAAUGAGCACAUUUCGACCAUGGACAUGGUUGUCCCCCGCUUCCGCAGUCACGACGAUGAACAACUGCUGGGGAUGUUCGACGCACAACCGCUUGCUGGAGGCGGUGCUAAAAUCGCAAAGUACUUGUACGACAACUUCAAGAACCGGUUCGCCGAUGAGCUGGAGCGUUUACGACCGCAAGAAACCCCCUCGGAUGCUUUGCGACGGACCUAUCUAGGUCUCAACAAAGAACUGGCUACCGCCGCCAGCCAAGCACUCGACAAGAACGCCUUCGCGUCACCAACUCCACAACGCAGUUCAGUACCCGAGCUCAGCGACGAUGAUCUGACUUCAGGAAGUGUGGCAACUGUACUGUUCCUGAAAGAAAUGGAGCUUUACAUAUCCAAUGUCGGUGAUGCGCAGGCACUCUUGAUCCGAUCUGAAGGAGGACACAAAAUUCUCACACGCAAGCAUGAUCCUGCAGAGCCUGGAGAGAGGGCAAGAAUACGAGAGGCUGGAGGCUUCGUGUCGCGACAGGGCAAGCUCAACGAUGUCCUUGAGGUUUCAAGAGCCUUUGGGUAUGUGCAAAUGUCGCCUUCAGUCAUUGCGUCACCUCACAUCCUCAACAUGACUCUUGGCGAUACCGAUGAAAUGGUCUUGGUUGCUUCCCGAGAGCUCUGGGAGUAUCUUACACCAGAUUUCGCCGUCGAUGUGGCUCGAUCCGAGCGCAAUGAUCUAAUGGUAGCUGCACAGAAACUCCGUGAUCUAGCAAUCGCAUUUGGUGCUACAAACAAGAUCAUGGUCAUGUUGCUCGGAGUCAGCGAUCUCAAGAGCAAACAGCGUGCCCGGUACCGCACACAGAGCAUGUCUUUGAUUCCUGCUCCUGGUGCUGAUCCUGAUUGGGGCGCAUCCCGCAGACGUGGAAAGAAGGGUAAUCUUGUUGGUGACUCCAAAUUGGCGCGUCUCGACAAUGAAGUGGAUGCCCCAACAGGAGAAGUCAGCUUGGUCUUCACUGAUAUCAAGAACUCGACAAUACUAUGGGAGACGUACCCGAUUGCCAUGCGAUCCGCUAUCAAGAUGCACAACGAGCUUAUGCGCCGACAGCUACGUAUCAUUGGUGGUUAUGAAGUGAAGACGGAAGGAGAUGCCUUCAUGGUUGCUUUCCGCACAGUCACCUCGGCAUUGCUCUGGUGUUUUACCAUUCAAAGCCAGUUGCUCGAGGUUCAAUGGCCGCAAGAAAUACUCAAUAGUGUGAACGGACAAGAGGUGGUCGACGCUGAUGGUAAUGUCAUCUUCCGAGGUCUCUCAGUGCGUAUGGGUAUCCAUUGGGGUACACCAGUGUGCGAAGUCGAUCCUGUCACCAAGCGCAUGGACUACUUUGGUCCCAUGGUCAAUCGCGCCUCGCGUAUCUCGUCCGUCGCCGAUGGAGGUCAAAUCACUGUCUCAUCUGACUUUAUUGCCGAGAUUCAACGCCUGCUCGAGACGCACAUCGAGGGAGACCGCAACAAUUCGGCAGGUUCCGAAGAAGCCUACGGCGACGAUCUGAACAGCCAGAUGAUUCGCUCCGAAUUGCGCUCCCUUAGUAGCCAGGGUUUCGAGGUCAAAGACCUAGGCGAACGUCGCCUCAAAGGUCUCGAAAAUCCGGAAUACAUCUACCUCAUGUACCCACAUGCACUCGCCAGUCGUCUCACCGUCCAACGACAGACGGAUGCAAAGCCUGCCGAUCCCAAAGCUGAAUCUACAGUUGGGCAAAAGAUGGCUGGUAGUCAGCUCACUAUUGACACGGAAGAUGUCUGGGAUCUUUGGAAUAUCAGUCUUCGUCUCGAGAUGCUCUGCAGUUCUCUUGAGAGUCCAGGAUGUUCUGAAUUGAAGCCUCCCGAGACUGCCCUGUUGGAGAGGAUGAAGAGUCGGGGCGGAGAAAUCACAGACCGGUUCUUGGUAAACUUUGUGGAGCAUCAAAUUUCUAGAAUCGAGUCUUGUGUAAAUACGCUUUUCCUGCGUCAUCGGAUGAGGCCAUUUGGCGGUGCACCCCUGCUCCAACAGGCUUGCCACAUGGGAGACAUCUUUGCUGAACUAGAAGCCAAGCUGCAGAGACUAGCAGAGUUUGAACGAGGGGCUAUCGAGGGAAUGGCACCCUCAUGA